CCUAGGUCGUGGGGGCACGACUAGGCACCGCAGGUGCGUCCCUGGGGGUCUGAGGGGACUCACUAGGCAGUUCCGGGGUGUCGGACAGUCUCUGCUCUCCUCAGAAAGGUACCCAGAGGAAGAAAGAGGAAUGUCUGUUGGGCAAGCCAAAUAAAAAGGAGAACAGCCCUGAGGAAGACUGAUCAUCUCCUGCAAUUCUGAAAGCCAUGGCUGAGGGAUCAGUGGUGUUCAGUGAUGUGUCCAUAGACUUUUCUCAGGAGGAGUGGGAAUGCCUGGACCCUACUCAGAGGGACUUGUACAGAGAUGUGAUGUUAGAGAACUACAGCAAUCUGGUUUCAGUGGGACUUUACAUUCCUAAGCCUCAAGUGAUCUCCUUACUAGAACAAGGGAAAGAGCCCUGGAUGGUUGGCAAAGAGCUUACAAGAGGCCUGUGUUCAGAUCUGGAAUCAAUGUGUGAAACCAAGUUAUUAUCUCUAAAGAAGGAAGUUUAUGAAAUAGAAUCGUGCCAGAGGGAGAUAAUGGGACUUACAAAGCAUGGCCUUGAGUACUCCAGUUUUAGAGAUGUUUUGGAGUAUAGAAACCAUUUUUCAAGGCAACUGGGAUAUCAAAAUGGCCAUUUCAGCCAAGACAUAUUCACUCAUGAAUAUAUGCCCACAUUUAUUCAACAGACAUUCCUUACCCUACAUCAAAUAAUUAAUAAUGAAGAGAAACCCUACGAAUGUAAGAAGUGUGGAAAGGCCUUUAGUCAGAAUUCACAAUUUAUUCAGCAUCAGAGAAUUCAUAUUGGUGAAAAAUCUUAUGAAUGUAAAGAGUGUGGGAAAUUCUUUAGUUGUGGUUCACAUGUUACUCGACACCUGAAAAUUCAUACUGGUGAAAAACCCUUUGAAUGUAAGGAAUGUGGAAAGGCCUUCAGCUGUAACUCAUACCUUUCUCAACAUCAAAGAAUUCAUACUGGUAAGAAACCCUAUGAAUGUAAGGAAUGUGGGAAGGCCUUUAGUUAUUGCUCAAAUCUUAUUGACCAUCAGCGAAUUCACACUGGUGAAAAGCCUUAUGAGUGUAAAGUAUGUGGGAAGGCCUUUACUAAGAGCUCACAACUUUUUCAACAUGUGCGAAUUCAUACAGGUGAGAAACCCUAUGAAUGUAAAGAAUGUGGGAAAGCCUUUACUCAGAGCUCAAAGCUUGUUCAACAUCGGAGAAUUCAUACUGGUGAGAAACCCUAUGAGUGCAAGGAAUGUAGCAAAGCCUUUAGUAGUGGCUCAGCACUUACUAAUCAUCAGAGAAUUCACACUGGUGAGAAACCCUAUGACUGUAAGGAAUGUGGGAAGGCCUUUACUCAGAGCUCACAACUUCGUCAACAUCAGAGAAUUCAUGCUGGUGAGAAACCCUUUGAAUGUGUUGAAUGUGGGAAGGCUUUUACUCAAAACUCACAACUUUUUCAACAUCAAAGAAUUCAUACAGAUGAAAAACCAUAUGAAUGUAAUGAAUGUGGAAAGGCUUUUAAUAAAUGCUCAAACCUUACUCGACAUCUAAGAAUUCAUACUGGCGAAAAGCCCUAUAACUGUAAGAAAUGUGGGAAGGCCUUUAGUAGUGGCUCAGACCUCAUUCGUCAUCAGGCAGUUCAUACUAAUGAAUGAUAAAAUUAAAACUCACUUUCCUGAUAUUUUAAACAAAAUUCAUGUUGGAUUCUUAUUCUCUUUCACUACUUUUUGUUUAUUUUAUAUUUGUUUUUAAUCCAAAUGUAUUUCACUUUAAGUUACGAGUUCAGAGUCUAAAUUGACAUUGCCCUUCCCUGCCCUCCCCACCAAAUCUUGUACCAGUGCCAGUUGUUCAAGAAUUCUUUCUUGUACCAGUGCCAGUUGUUCAAGAAUUCUUUCCUUCCCCAUUGUUUAGUUCUAACUUCUUGGUAUUAUAUUAUUUUCUUGUUUAUAUUUCCUUGUGUUUUUAG